GCGUCAGUCUUGGCCAGAACGCUGUGCGAGACACACGCGCUCAAAUUUUUCAACGUUAAAAAACGCGCGUUCCAACGCAAGUUGUCGUCAUUGCUAGGCCCAAACCUCAAAUAUGUAAGGCGUUUGUUUGCUCAAAAAAACAAACAAAGCGGAAGUAACAAAGGAAAAUUGCAAAACGUGCGCGAAAAAAAUUUAAUAAAAGAAACGCCGUGUGAAAGAAAAUGCAAAAAACAGCAAACUUGUUUGCAAAAUUAACACAUAUUUAAAUAUUGGCUAAAAGUUUAAAGUUUUCCCGCUUGUGUUUAUACAAAACGUUAAACAAUAAUACAACGCUACACAUUUAAUUGGAUUACGUAGUUAACUCGCUUUGGCUCAGCUCCCGCAUUCAACAAUGAAGUCAAGCACUCGAAUUUUAUGCACAGCACUGCAUUUAAUCACAAUUGCAGUGCUAACGACAAAUGGCGCACAAAUACCUUUGACGUCAAGCGACGCAGACUCUUUAGACGAUGCCAUUGCAGCGGCCGAAGCGCAGGCCAAGCAAACUACAACAGUGGAGCCCACCGUGCGCAUUAAAUGUCUGUCCGGCUCCAUGCUGAUAACCAUCAAAGAUGCGCCACCAAAUCAUGAAACGGGUCUGUUCAGCGGCAUGAUAUAUCCCAAGGGUCUGUCCAAGAACUCGACUUGUCUGAGCGAAUAUAGAGAGCACAUUGGUCCCUUGCGCUACAAGUUGCCGCUGCGUAGCUGCAACACAAUGCCCAAGGAAACGGAUGACGGUGGCAUUGAGUUCUUCAACACAAUUGUGCUGCAGCCGCAUCUGAAGCUUAUUACAGAUUUGGGACGCGGCUAUCAUGUGCGUUGUGCUUACAAGAGUCGCGAUGCGGCCAUGAAGCCCAAGAAGCAUCUGCGUAAGCAUGCGCAGAAGCCGCAGGCGUAUCGCAGCGAUGAGCACGACAGACGCGACUAUGGACGCUCGCUGGACAAGCAACGCAUGGGUGAUGAUGAGCUGGAUAUGGAGGAUGUGUACGAUGCGGAAGUAAGCACUAACGAUACACCUAUGCCUGGCUGCCAUAUGAAAAUCUACAACGAGGAGCACAAAAUAGCUGAUGAUGUCAAAAUAGGCGAUCCGCUGACCAUUGUCAUCAGCAUCGAUGCACAACAGCUGUAUGGACUGCAUGUUACCGAUUGCAUAGUGCGUGAUGGUUUGGGCUGGGGCGAGCAGCGUCUGGUGGGCGAGGAUGGCUGUCCCAUGGACAAUGAGAUCAUGGGUCAGUUCAACUAUACGUCGGAUCGUCUGGCGGCCAAUGUCACCUUCCCAGCACACAAGUUUCCCUACACCACAUCCGUGUACUAUCAGUGCAAUGUGCGCUUGUGUGCGCUAGAGGAUCCCAGCUGCCAACAGGCGCCUGUUUGCAGCGGCAAGCGUCCCAAGCGUCAGGCUAGCGAUGGCAAAGACGAUGAAGCCAUGCCCGCUACCAUUGAGGUCUUCUCUGGCCUGUAUGUCAAUGAGAAUGAGAAUACAAACGAUAGCGAUGAGGAUGCAGUCUACAAGGAAAAGACGCUUGAGGAUGCGCUGUGCGUUUCUCAGCGCACCUUUGCCAUAGCCAUUGCCAUUGCGGGCUUGAUACUCAUGCUGGCCGUAGUUGCUGCCGUGCUCUGCAUUAUGGCGCGUCGCAGCACCAAGACAGUCUCCAACUCGGGCAGCUCCAUCUACAGUGGACCCUAUACCAACACCGCCUUCUCGCACAGCAGCUAAGCUAAGCCGCCGCCAAAAUUAUUUCCACACCAUUCAAAUUUCAAAUUAAGCAAUGGAACACUCAAAGUGUUUAAAAAAAAAAUAAAACAAAUGCUGUAGUCCUGGCCUAGUUAGUCCUUAAGUUGCAACAAUGCAGCGCAGUUGAGCAACUGCCUUAGGCUAAUGUCUAGUUUGUAUAAGCAGUUUCCUUGCCCCCGCUUGGUGCAGAGAUUACCGUGCAAUUGACCGCGUGGCUAUUGCACGCUAAUGUCGCAGAGUUACCACCAAGUUGGCCACUCUGUUUCGCAUGUUGGUGUUGGACUUGCAACCAAUCUUAUUAGUUCUUUUUCUACUUGUAGCAUGCAGUCAUUAUAUACUACUUACCUAUAAACUUAUUUAUCAUACACACACACACACACUCGAACUAACAACGAAUGCAGCAGCCGAUGCUCAGGUGAUAUUUGUAUUUGUAUCUCUAAUAAUUUAUGACAAACACUUGAACAAUUUUUAUCCUGUACAAUUAUUUCUUGUCAUUGUUUUAUGUUUAAACACAAAACAAAACCUACUUACUCUCACUGCAUUAUUUAAUUAAUUAAUAUUGUAUUAAUUCUCAAAGUAUUUAAGCUAAGCGACUUUGCACAGCUUCACAUGAACAUUGCGUAAAAAUUCAAACAGAUGCUCUUUUGGAUCGGUGCAAAGUAUGAGAAAAACAAAAACCAUAUAAUAAUUUUAAUUUAAUUAAUCAAUGUAAUGGACAAUAAACAGACAA